UGGACGGUGGUUGCCUCUCACAGCAAGACACACUGCAAAACGGACAACGGUUGCCAUAAAARGUCAAGUCUUCUGUCAUUACUCAUCUUCAUAUUCUCCCAGGGAGAAAUGAUCUGAUGGACUCCGGCAGUGAAAACGGGGAAAGCAUUAAUCAUGAGGCAGAACAGUUCAAAGUGGAAUUCGACAAACAUGACGAGUUCAACAAAAAGAGAAAUCCAGUUGUUCGCUCUGGGAACAACAACCCAGGGAGGCUAAAGCGACUGGUGUCAUGCAAGAGGAAAAGCCAUCAUCUGCCUGUGGUUCGACGGAAACAUCUCAGAUUCGUGAGGAAUUUGGACGCGACAAACAAGGAAAAUGAGAUGAAACGUUCGCAAGACACACYGCAGGAAAUGUUAUUAAUGGACCCGCUGGAGUUCCCACUAAACGUCAGUCAUACCAGUAACACCAGUAGAGCUGGUUCUGAGCAGACUGACUACUACACACUCAAUGAGCUCAGUAGGGAUCACAACACAAUGACUGAUGUGCUGUUUGGAAGAAAUCUGAGACUGAAGGUGGCGUUAACAUUAUGGAAGAGAAACUUUGGAGAGCUGCUCACAUAUUUUCUGAAAAUCCGAGACACCGGUGUGCUUGUUGAUUUUCUCCCUCUAAUAUGCAAAUGCAUCGAUGAGGAUUCAACAAAGAUUAACAUCGGCUGCUGUGUUGAUCUCUUUCCUCUUGUUAGGCAACUGCUCAGCAAGCCAUACGAAGAGUAUCAACUUAUCGGUUUUAAGUGGAUCUAUUCGGUUUUAAAAAACUGGUGGGAGGAACUUCAAAUGAGCGGCUUCAGUGGAUCAACUGUACCUGAGCAAGAUAAAAAUUUCCAGGCUUUUAAUCAUCAGUUGUGGAUGUUGUGGGACCAGGAGCCUCUGUUGAAAAAUGUUCCAAAUGUGGCACGAGAGAUGGCCAAUGUCAUUGAUUCCUUCCUCUUUCAACUUAAAUGAUGCCAGUGAGGAUUCAGACUCUAUCUUUCUUCGUCAAAAGCAGCAGAAACGACCUUAAUGCCCAUUGUGCUUUUAAAUAAAUAAGAAAGAUUGAGCUUGUGAA